AUGCCUGAGGGGACAGGAUACUCGUAUAACAGCUCCGGCACCAAUAGCCAGGGCAACCACUAUUGCUCCCGUGACUACGGCUCUGGCUCUUCUAACUCGAAUAGCUAUCACUACUCUAAUUCCAAUGGCUCGUACUACUAUUCCAACCCUAAUGGAAGCUCCUACUAUAACAGUGGACAUGGUAGCUCGACUUAUACUCCUCCCUCGGGAAACUCGGGGAAGAAAUGA